GUGGCUAGGGGUGUGGUGAGGAGGCUGAUGUGAGCGGCUGCAGGGGAUGUGAUAGUAGGAGGGUGAGCUAUACCUUGGCUUCUGGCUCCCUGAUUACUGUCUGGCUGCUGCCUGAGGAUGAGAUAGGGACUGCCUGCCUCUCCUCCUCCUCCUCAGUAGCAGUUCAUUCACAGACAAGUAGAGUUUAUCAAAAUAGCAGCUGAUAGACAGUAGGGAUGGAAAACUCAAGUGCAGCUCAAUUGGAUGUGAUAACAAAUUCUACUUAUGGGGGCCUGGAAGAUAAUUUUACUCAAGGUUCUCUGCAGACGGAUGAUAAAGUUACUGCUUGGGACCAAUGGGAUCAUUUCAGCACCAUAGCUGUGUUACUACAAGAAGCGAUGAAGAGUCCUACAGAGCUGCCCCUGUCUACAGCAGUUCCUUUCUGGGAUAGCCCAUUGAACCAUGGUCUCAGCGUAUUUGUUGGCGUGGCACUGUGUGUGACUAUGCUGGGACUGGGCUGUACAGUGGAGAUCAGUCAAAUUGGGGAUCAUUUGAGAAGACCCAUCGGGGUACUUAUUGCCUUGAUCAGCCAGUUUGUCCUCAUGCCCUUGGUGGCCUUCCUCUUGGCUCUCAUCUUCUCCCUCGAUGAAGUAGCGGCCAUCGCAGUCCUGCUCUGUGGAUGCUGCCCUGGAGGAAACCUCUCUAACAUCAUGUCCCUUCUGGUGAAUGGAGAUAUGAACCUCAGUAUCAUCAUGACCAUAUCAUCCACUCUAUUAGCCCUUCUGCUGAUGCCCCUCUGCCUGUGGUUUUACAGUCGCCCGUGGAUCAACACCACUCUGGUGCAGUUUUUGCCUCUGGGCGCAGUGACCCUCAUGCUCUGCAGUACUCUCCUGCCUAUUGGUCUGGGGGUCGCCAUACGUUACCGCUACGGCAGGAUUGCAGAUAUUCUACUGAAGGUUUCCCUCUGGUCUCUGCUAGUGACCUUAGUCAUCCUCUUCAUUCUCACUGGAGCAAUGCUCGGACCUCAGCUGCUGGCUACAAUCCCACCCUCAGUGUAUAUUGUUGCCCUGAUGAUGCCACUUAUAGGCUAUGGAUUGGGAUAUGGCCUGGCUACUUUAUUUGGCCUGUGCCCAAAGGGCAGAAGAACAGUGUCUCUGGAAACCGGAUGCCAGAAUGUGCAACUAUGUACAGCUCUGCUGAAGUUGGCCUUCCCACCCCACCUCAUUGGCAGCAUGUACAUGUUCCCAUUGCUCUAUGCCUUAUUCCAGGCCUCGGAAGCCGGGAUCUACGUCUUAGUCUACAAACUUUACAGGAAAGAAGUUCUACAUAAGACAGAAUCUCUGGAUGACGAUACCGACAUUUCCUUCAAAAGACUUAAGGAAGAGGAACCCCCUGAAAUGUCAUAUGGGGCAGUAGAAUCAGGAGAAGCGAGUUCUAUUAAUAUGGAACUAGAGCAGAAACCAAAGUAGUUUCUAAACAUGUUGGUGAGUGACAGUUGUUAACACCAUAGUGUUGGAAUUGUUAGCCUGCUGCCCACUGCCCACUGCAGCAGCUAAUGUGAGCUGCUGGGAAAUGUAGUUUUGGUGGGCUGUAGGUUGAUUAUCCCUGCAAUAAUGUAUUAGCGAAUUCACAUGAACUGUGCCAAAUAUCUUCAUUGAUUUGUACAGAGGGACCUGGAAGAAGACGACACUGACAUAGUAGACAUUGGACUUCAUAAAUUAUGUUUAUAUGAAUUAUUUGCAUCUAAACCGAUUCUGUUUUUGUGAGUGAAGUUAGUGUGGGAGAUGGGGGUGUACUCUGAAAAGCAUAUUAGUUAUAUAGCAUCAACCUAUCAUUCACCCCCACACACUAGGGUCAGUUUUGCUUGUAUAGUGGGAAUAAACCGAAUCUGGAAAAAACCCACAAAGACACAGGGGAAGACGUACAGACUUUGCAUAGUGUAUACUUUCAAUACAUUUCCUAUGGUGAAAACUCUAAGACACUGACUGCCUAUUAUUGUUAAAGGAGAAGGUACUAUAAAUAUUUACUUUAUAUUUAUAUACUCACAAAUGUUCUUUCCUAUUUUUGUCCUAUUUUUGUCCUAUUUGCUAUGAACUAUUUGGACCCUGCCCAAUUCCUAGAUGCUUCUAAAUCCCUCCUACAGGCCCAUGGAAACAUCGGCACCAGGCACAAAAUGGAUCAUUGGAUGCUUUCCUGGACAGACAAUUGCACUUUAAGGUGGUUAUAGGGACUUUAUCUGAGGUAUUAACAUUGAGGUUUAUUGGACUCAGCAGUCUGAGUGUGGGCAGAGGGAGGUCUGCAUGGAGGCCAAUGAAUAGGCCCCAUGCUGGAAAUACAUUAUGGCUAGAAUUGAUUAUACCAAAUAGUGCAGAUAACUGCAGAAUGGUUCACAAUUAUCACUAUUACAGAGUCUCCAAACUGGGUGUUGUUUUUUAAUUUGCAUUCAUGUUUUUUACAUUAACAUAAUGGAAAAAGGGAAAAGCCAUAGAUUUCAUUGCUGUGCUGCUCUGGGGUAUUAUGGGUCAUUGAUGCAUGUUUUCUGCAUCCAGUAGCAUUUUUUAUCUGUUUUUGAUUGAUUUGUUUGUCAUGAUCAGAACCACGGGUUGUGGGAAAGGGGCAGAUACUGAAUAAAGAGCAAAUAAAAAGCAUUAUAAAAGCCCAAAA